CUGCUCAUCUUGCCCACUCUCCCUUUGCUGCUCUGCAGUGUCCAAUUGCUUCGUUUCCUGAGUGCCUCUAGCCCUAGGAUCUGUCCACUUGCUUGGCCAGCCUGGCCUGACCUCCUCUCAUCACCUCCUGCUCCGUGAUGCCCAGCAUUUGCUACCCCGCUUCAGCUGUUUCCUUGCCUCUGCUUUGGCGCUGUCUCUCCAGCAGCAACCUGCCGGGUGGGGAGUGGUCAUCGGCUGCCUCCAGUCAUCUCUAGGUUGGGCUGCACAUUUGGAUCACUGAUCUCUCAUCCAUACUUUUUUUUGGGUGAUGCAACUAGGCAGGGAUUUCAUGGCCAGAGACCUACAACACUAGGGGCUGGGAAUGGUAUUUGGGAAAGGAAAAGCACGGAAAAGAGGAGGCCUGUCUUCUUUCUGGGUGGGGCUGGGCUGGUUGGGCUUUGUUGGGGCUGAAGAGUUCAGCUGAGGGUUGUUAAGGAUACUCCCUGAACAGGUGGAUAGUUGUGAGUUUCUGACAAGAGCUCUCUGAAGCCUUUGCCAGAGCCAGGGUCCCCGGGGGAAAAGGGCAGUGUUGUGAGGAGAACCCACAGACUAGCUGCUCCCAAGGUUGGCUCCCAAGGUUGCAUCUCAUCACAGGUGACAGAGGGCAAUGCCAGAAAGCUGGUGAAGGCUUUCUUCUCCUCCUCCACCAUGGUCGACGGCGUUAAGUAUGAAGUGGCCUCCCAGCAUGAGAGGGACGCCUCCCCUUUGGCCGAUGAAGCCAGCCCCAGGUCGGAGCAGGUAAAACUGAAGAAGGAGAUCUCGCUGCUGAACGGCGUGUGCCUGAUUGUGGGGAACAUGAUUGGCUCGGGCAUCUUUGUCUCCCCCAAAGGCGUGCUCAUAUACAGUGCCUCCUUUGGUCUCUCCCUGGUCAUCUGGGCUGUCGGGGGCCUCUUCUCCGUCUUUGGGGCCCUUUGUUAUGCGGAAUUGGGCACCACCAUUAAGAAAUCUGGGGCCAGCUACGCCUACAUCCUCGAGGCCUUCGGAGGACUCCUUGCCUUCAUCCGACUCUGGACCUCCCUCCUCAUCAUCGAGCCCACCAGCCAGGCCAUCAUUGCCAUCACCUUUGCCAACUACAUGGUGCAGCCCAUCUUCCCGAACUGCUUAGCCCCCUAUGCUGCUGGCCGCCUGCUGGCUGCUGCCUGCAUCUGUCUCUUAACCUUCAUUAACUGUGCCUAUGUCAAGUGGGGAACCCUGGUACAAGAUGUUUUCACCUACGCAAAAGUAUUGGCGCUGAUCGCAGUCAUCAUCGCAGGCACUGUUAGACUUGGCCAGGGAGCCUCGACUCACUUUGAAAAUUCCUUUGAGGGUUCAUCAUUUUCAGUGGGCAACAUUGCUCUGGCACUGUACUCGGCUCUGUUUUCCUACUCGGGCUGGGAUACCCUCAAUUAUGUCACUGAAGAGAUCAAGAAUCCUGAGAGGAAUCUGCCCCUCUCCAUUGGCAUUUCCAUGCCCAUUGUCACCAUCAUCUACAUCUUAACCAAUGUGGCCUAUUACACCGUGCUCGACAUGAGAGACAUCCUGGCCAGCGAAGCUGUUGCUGUGACAUUUGCAGACCAGAUUUUUGGAAUGUUCAACUGGACCAUUCCAGUGGCAGUUGCGUUAUCCUGCUUUGGUGGCCUCAAUGCCUCCAUUGUGGCUGCGUCUAGGCUUUUCUUUGUGGGCUCGAGAGAAGGCCAUCUCCCUGACACCAUCUGCAUGAUUCAUGUUGAGCGGUUCACACCAGUGCCGGCUCUGCUCUUCAAUGGUCUCAUGGCGCUGAUCUACUUGUGUGUGGAGGACAUCUUCCAGCUCAUUAACUACUACAGCUUCAGCUACUGGUUCUUCGUGGGGCUCUCUAUCGUGGGUCAGCUUUAUCUGCGCUGGAAGGAGCCUAAUAGGCCUCGUCCUCUUAAGCUCAGCAUUUUCUUCCCCAUUGUCUUCUGCUUCUGCACCAUCUUCCUGGUGGCUGUUCCACUCUACAGUGAUACCAUCAACUCCCUCAUCGGCAUCGGCAUUGCCCUCUCAGGCUUGCCCUUUUACUUCUUCAUCAUCAGAGUGCCAGAGCACAAACGACCUCUUUGCCUCCGCAGGAUUGUGGCAUCUGCCACAUGGUAUCUCCAGGUCCUAUGUAUGUCAGUUGCUGCAGAGAUGGAUUUGGAAGAUGAAGGAGAGAUGCCCAAGCAACAAGAUCCCAAGUCUAACUAAACACCACGAGAAAUCCUGAGAUUUGGGCAGCAGGGGCCUCACCUCCUACUGGCUGGAGCCAAGGAAGCUGAAAAGCUCACUUCUUUGGAGGCGUCUGUCCAGAAGCCUCUUAGGCAGCUUCAACAACCUCUGAACUUGCUUUCUGAGAGAUGGAGAGUAAUUUAUUUGUUUUGCUACAUAUUGUUCCGUAUUUCUUUUAAAGGGACAAUAAAGCAGACUGUGAUGGGGAGCAUGCCAGGUGUGGGCUUGGAUGUUCCACUGGCACAUUCCCACGUGUUAAGACAUCCACUCACCUCCAGUGUGCCUGCCCACUCCUCUUUCCCACUGAAAGACCCAAUAAUGCUCCAAACUUCCCGUCUCCUUUAGAGAGACGUCAAACUGUCAAAGGUGCUAGACAAUAAAAGGGUAUGUUCCUGA